AAUGACAUGGUGUUUACGGGGCGGUAACAAUUUGUGGCAACUUAAUUUGAAAAUAAAAUACAACUUAUGAAGUUCCAAUGUCUUGACAAAAUAAAAUUAACGCUUCUCUGGAAGCAGAGAUAUAUGCGAUAACCGAAAUGGAUUUAAUACUAAUUAUCACUGAUAUAUACAGUGACGAAGGAGUAUAGCUGCUGUAACAUAGUUUCUAAUUAUUUAUAAUUGUUUAUCCAAAUAAGUGCCUAUACACUAAAAUAACCUCUAAGUGUAGUUUAUUGGUAUACGCAACAUAAAUAUUUAAUUCAAUUUGUAAGUAAAAAAUUAGGAAGACACAAUGGCAGCGAUUCGUCAUACGUUACAAAGGGAAGUGUUUACUCCCAGUGAUGAAAAAUUAUUAAGUGUCUGUCAUGUUAGCAAAGCCUACAAAAAGAAGAAAACAAGUUUUCUGUCUCUUGUUACUACCGUCGAUACCCCAGGAUCUGUGCUUCUUUAUCAAGUGAAGAAAAACGACAAGCAUAUGUUUAAGAAAAAGCAAAACUGGCUCUUGAACGAUGUUCAAAUAGUGGAUGGUAUUAAUAAUGAAUCUCUAGAAUUAGAACUACACAUUGAUAAAGUUUAUAAAUGGUUGGCAACUUCAGCACAAGAGCGCAGGAUAUUUAUUAGUAACUUAUAUACUUGUUCAUGUAGUCUGCCACAAAGACCACAAUUUAAGAACAUUCCCAAAGAUUGGUUGAUUGACCCAACUUCAAUGAAAGAAAGUGAUAGCACUUCAUUAGUACCAGAUCUCCUUACACCAACCAUUUCAACAGACUAUCAACCAAUAACAGAUAGUGAAGCUGCAGAUUUAGCUGCAUUAAUGGAUGGAUGCGAUUAUGCUGUUUCUAAUGCUGAAUAUUUUAUGGAAACACUUUCAAAAGAUUUAUCAGUUCUUGAUGGAGAAAACAUACAAUCUGUACUAGCAUCUGAACCUCAGAUAACACAGCUGAUGAAUGGCAUUGAAGCUGCUAUAACCGAAGCAUCGUUAGUGGAAGCUCGACUCACCGCUUAUGACGAAGCUCUUGGUAGAAUUAGGGAAGCGAUGGCUCGAGUAGGGCAGAAAAAUCAAGCGAUACAUACUGCCAAUCGCAAUGCUAGACUUUUGUUGGAACAGCUUGAUGCUGUAAUUACCCAACUAGAUAUUCCUGCUAAUCACUUACGAACCUUGAGCGAAGCAGAACUCCCGGGUGAUCGAGAAGAUCUCAUCCAGGCAGGAAUUGCAUUAUCAAAAGCAAUAUCAGCACCCCUUCCUCUUGGUCUUGACAGAUUAAAUGCUGUGACGGAACAACAAAAACGGCUGGACAAGCUAAAAGCCAAAUUUUCUGUUACUGUUGCAAGACAUUUGAAUAAUCUCUUCAUAUAUUUAGGAAACGAUGUCGGAGAAAUUUCAGCAUCGACUACAGAUUUAACAUUACCCAGUCAUCAAACUGUACAUCGAGAAUUGGAACCUUACACGGAAUUAAUGCAAUUAUUAAGAACACUUGAUAAUAAGGCAUUCAUCCAAUUGACUAAAGUUUAUACGGGUAACAUGAGUAAGCUGUAUCAAAGAGAUUUAAAACUUUUUUUUGAAGAAGCCAAAACACGCCUCGUAACCAAACAAAAUCAUGCAACUGCGUCAAAAUCAGGAGGGCAGAAAAGUGACGAUGUGCUAACUCCAGCUCCGAUUUGCCUAUUAAGCUGUGAAGUAUGGGAACCACGCGAAGAUGGAAAUUUACUUGACAUGGUUCUUGAUCGUGUUCUGUCGCAGUUACAACCUGUCUGUCUUGCAGAACAAGCAUUCUGUAUAUCUUUUCUUCAAUUAGAUUCUGUUCUUUCACCUUCAAAAAGCAACGAGGUUGAAGAAAUUGACAAUGCCAGCAGUGGUGCAAGGAGUCCUGGAUCUGUCACAUCAACAGCUAGUAAGAAGCUGGAGAAACAAGUAAAUGAAGAAGUCCGUGCAACAAUGGCAGCUAUAUUCCCUACACUUGAAUCUGAACUCAACAACUUUAUCUCAUAUCUAGAUAAAAUUGACAGUUUUUGGUGUAUGUUUGUACUGGUAAGAUUAUCGCAGCAUGUAAUGUCUGCACAAGAUACAGGCUCAUUUCUAUCUAUGACAUUUGCAUCUUCGCUAGUUCAAGUGAAACGAGCAUUUGACAAAUUCAUGCAAGCUCAGCUACAGUGCAUAGUGCGGGACAACAAAGUUAAUCGCAGACACAAAUGUGGAAUAUUAUCAUAUGUAGAAAAUUUUAAGCCUUUUGCCCAGAUUGCUGAAAGAAUUUUCAAGAAUUCUGACAGAAAAGUCGAUCUCGACAAAUGGUACACCAAGCUAGUUGGUGCGAUGUUUGAAGCAAUAGUGGCUGAUAGUGCUGAACAUCACAAGACUCCUCAAGAAGUUAUAAAGAUGGAAAACUUCCAUCAUCUUUAUGAUCUCCUUUCGCAAUUGAAAAUUCCGGUUUUGGAUCACGAACGAAAAGAGGCUAAACAGAAGUAUCAAGAUGCAUUGCGAGCUUAUGUUGUACAAUACUUUGGACGCCCACUGGAAAAGCUCAAUCUCUUUUUUGAAGGAGUACAAGCAAAAGUUAGUGCAGGUGUCAAGGAAUCUGAAAUUAGCUAUCAAAUGGCUUUCAGUAAACAGGAACUUCGCAGAGUCGUUAAAGAAUAUCCUGCGAGAGAAGUGAAAAAAGGGCUAGAAAAUCUUUAUAGAAAAGUUGAAAAACAUCUUUGCGAAGAAGAGAAUUUAUUACAGGUCGUUUGGCGAGAAAUGCAAGGAGAAUUCAUAGCACAAUACAUACACAUAGAAGAACUGAUCCAGCGAUGUUACCCCGAUAGCAUGAUAGCUCUGGAAUUUUCUAUUCAAGAUAUUUUAGAAUUUUUUUCCGAAAUUGCUCGAUCUCACUGAAAAAAAAUUGUACCAGCAAUAAGAAAGAAGUAUGUCUUUAUAAAUAAUGUUAUUAAAUAUUUAAGAUGUAAUAUAAUAAGUAAGAUAUAUGUAGAAUAUUUAUUUGCAAGUA